AUGCCAGGAAAGAGACCAGUCGAAGAUAAAGAAGAUGACAGCAAUAAAAAGUUAAACACAGCAUAUAAUAAACAGGAUAUUCAUUCUUUUUUUAAUGCGAAAGUUUGGAAUGAGAAGUUUCAAGAUGACAUAAAAACUCAAGUUAAAGAUAGUGAACCAUUCCGUUGGGGAACGAUCAGGGAUCUCAUAGAUGAUACAUUAUUAAGACAGGUACGCAAAGAGGUUUUAAGUGAAAUUGCAUUUACAAAAAAAGAGACAGAUAUAUAUAGAGUGUAUCAAUCUGGGGAUCUUGCAAAUUUAUCAGGAUUAGAUUGGGACGAUUUAUCAAGAUUACCUUCAUUAUACAAAUUACGUUCUGCGGUUUAUUCAGAAGAGUUUCGUGACGUUAUCUCUAAGAUAACUGGGUGCGGUAAACUAAGCGGUAGUAAGACAGAUAUGUCGAUAAAUACUUAUACCAAAGGAUGCCAUUUAUUAACACACGAUGAUGUCAUCGGAUCAAGAAGAGUUAGUUUUAUUCUUUAUUUGCCCGAUCCAGACAAAACAUGGAAACCUCAUUAUGGUGGGGGAUUGAGACUAUUUCCUGCAAUUGUGCCUAAUGUUCCAAAAACUGACCAUGAAGUGAAGUUAACACCACAAUUUAAUCAGAUCGCAUUUUUUACUGUUCAGCCAGGUUUAUCAUUUCAUGACGUAGAGGAAGUGAGGGUUGACAAGCAGAGAUUGUCUAUUCAAGGGUGGUUCCACAUUCCACAACUCAGAGAGGCAGGUUAUAUACCAGGGGAACAAGAAGAAACGACAUCCAGGAGUACCUUGCAGCAAUUGCAAAGCAAGGAGUUGCAAGAAUUUGAUUUUCCUAAACCAUUCAGGAGCGAUAUUCACGCAGAGGAAUUAAAGAUAUAUGAAAAUUUUGCAUCAAAUCAGUUUUCCGAAGAUGAAAUACAAUAUUUGAAAGAAUACUUGAAUCCUUUAUAUUUGCAAGAUCAAAAUAUUAAAGGAUUGAAUGAAAUUUUCCUUGAAGAAUCAGUAGUCGAAAUCAAGGAUAUUUUGAAGGAAGAUUUUGCCAACUUAUUAAAGGAAUCAAUUAAGACCACCGAAUUAGAGAAGAAAACUCCUGCUAAUUCGAAGGAAAUCACCUUUCCAUGGAAGUGUUCCAUGCCACCACACAAACAGCGCUUUAUGUAUAUGGAUGGGAGAGAUGUUUUUGAGCAAUCCGAAGAAGGCAUUAAGAAAAUCAAUAAGAUUGGUCCUCAAGAAGCACCAAAUUUCGAGUUAAUCAAGCGAAUUUCAGAUGACGAAGUUGAUAAGAAAUUAAGUGAUCUUGGUUCCUUCUUGAGAUCCGUAGCAUUCAGAAAAUGGCUUUUAGUCAUUACAAGUGUCAUACCUACCAGUGAUCAGGUAUUAAUAAGACGCUUCAGACCAGGGCAAGAUUUCAUUUUGGCCACCAAGACCGAUAAACUGUUAGCCAGACCUAAUACAGACGAAUUGAACGUGCUACUUGAAGCUACAUUAAAUUUAACACCUACAGCCACGAAUCCAAAGAACUGGGAACUGGGUGAAUACGGAGGCUACGAAUUGUGCAUGGCAUUAAAUGGAGGUGACGAUAGCGAUUUUGAGGACGACGAUCCAGCUAUAUAUAAAGCAAGCGAUCCAAAUGACGAUAGUGUGUUGUACACGAGUCAAUGCAAAUGGAAUUCCUUAUGCUUAAUGCUUAGAGAUCCAUCCGUACUUAAGUUUGUGAAAUAUGUGAGUAUAAAUGCCAAAGGCUCCAGAUGGGACGUAAGCUGUCAAUGGAAUGUCAAGAGUGUUGAUGAUGGUACAGAGGAAGAAGAAGAAGAAGAAGAAGAAGAAGAGAAUAAAGACAAUGAACAGGCUUAG